UUCAUAAAAACUGAACUGUCAACCAAAGUGUAUUCUCGUUUUGUUAUUACGAUGCCCCGACCUUUCUUAUAAGAUCGGAGUAAAUCGAUAUAUCAUUUGCAUUGUUCGUUUGAAAACAAUCCUCAUGCGAUUCAGUUAGUGUUUGUGGGGCCAAAGUACAACGAAUUCCGCGAUGUAUUCAACCAAGUCGCCGAGCCUUCGGAUCAACUCUGGCGACUUGAAGUGUCGCAAUGGGUGCGGAUUUUACGGGAACACUCAGUUCGACGGUUUCUGUUCCAAGUGCUUUCGCGAACGGCAGCAGGGGCUUGAACGGCAGAGGAAACAGCGUGUCGUUGCGAGCAGCUCGACCAAAAUCGAUCCGCACUUUCCCCGGCAGAAAACUUCUAGCCAUCACAGUGCCCGGGCCGCUACGCAGCAGCACACCUUUCCGCCGUCUCCCAGCCGGCACAAACCGCAUUCACCGCAGCGAGGUGAUCAACAGGAACGGGGAACUUUGAAGAAAAACGCCAUUCUCUCGGUGUUUCAGAAAACAUCAACCCAGAAAAAUGUCGGCAAGCCGGAGAGACCUUACGUGCCAGAUCGGACCGAAAUGGAGUUCAUCACGGGCUUGAAGAAGUUGCUCAUUUCCGACGAUGCCAAGAAGAAACUCAAAAGUGAUAUCCAACGGCUCGACGCCACCAUUCGUGAUUAUUUGGCGAAUCAUCGAAGCAUCGAUGACUUGUCGGAGUGUGUACAGAAUGCCUACACAAGGCUAUCGGAGGUGCUGGGGCGCGACCCAAGAUUCCAAACUGCUUCGCCGGAAGCGCGCGAGGAGUGCAUGAACUUUUUCGAGAAAGUUGUCAUGACGAGAAAUCACAGUUAUUUAUUUUCACCAUGUUUCACAAAUGACGAAGAACAGGACUCGAAAAUUCAGAAGCGAAUCAGACAGUUGGGCUGGAUCACGGUGAAGCAUCUGUCCUGCGGGAUUGACGAGGUGCAUUCGGCCUCCAGGGAACUUGUCUACACAGCAAUAACAGAGCUUGUUGCCAUGGAUUCCUUCUACAGCCCGCAGGAGAAACUGGAAUGCAUCGUCCGAUGUUGUCGCCAUAUUUUCACACUCCUGAAGCACGCCGUCGGCGGUCCGGCUAGUGCGGACGAAUUUUUGCCUGCGCUGAUCUUUGUUGUCCUCAAGGCGAACCCGAUUCGCCUUCAUAGUAACAUAAAUUUCGUCACUAGGUUUAGUAAUGCUUCGCGACUGAUGAGCGGGGAGGGUGGCUACUGCUUCACAAACUUGUGCUGUGCUAUUACAUUCAUUGAGAAUCUGACGGCUGUUAGUCUAUCGAUGCCCGCCGACGAAUUUGAGGCUCUGAUGAAAGGCGAGAAGGUCUACACUUCGGCCUGGGAAAGUGCCUUAUUGGCCUGUGAAGGUUUACACUUGAUUUCGGAGAACAUGAAGAAGAUGGAUGCACUGAAGCGGAAAAACGAGAACGUUUUGAAGGGAAUUGAGUGCUUCAAGGAGGAUCUGAAACAGCUGCAGGCCGAAAUAACUCAAAAAAUCGAUGAAACCCUAAUACGUGCGCCGUUGACAAUUCUUCCUAUCAAAACACCAGAAUUUCUACGAACUCGGGCACAAAGUCUCAUCCUUUCCGACGCUGCCGUGGCAGAGCAGCGUCGCAACAGUGGACAUUUCCAAUCGAAUAUUGUCACAUCGCUCAGUAUCGAUCGUUCUGACGAGGGCAAGGCACUGGCGAAGGACUCGACUCUCCCAAUUCCAAUCAUUCCGGCCGUGGUGGGCACAACGAAACCAACUGAUAGAGACAAACCUUUGGUGGAUACAAAACCGGAGCCUGUAAAGGAAGCGCUCAGCACGCCGACGCAAUCUCCGGCCGGACGAAUGUCGGCUAGCAGUUCGGCCGAUCUUCUGUAUUCGUCUCCAAUAUUUAAUUACAGCCCGUUCGACACGAACUCACUAGGCGAUGCCGCGACUCCGGAGGACUUUUUAAGUGGUCAAAUGCCUGAUUUUACAGGCGGAAUUACGAAUAUCAACUACGAUUUUGAUUUGUCGGAUCACAGUGGCGACAACAGUGUUGCUGAAGAUACGAAUAUCACGACCGGAUUCAACUUGGAGGAGUUCGACCCGCUUAUUCAGAAGCCAUCGAGCAGUUAUCUGUCUUCAACUGAAUCCGGGCCCGAUGAUCCCGAUCGAAUUGGUGCUGUUGAAUGCGAGAAACCAAAGAGCUUGAUUGAAAGCGACUCGCCGAGCGAAAUCCUGCUGCCGUCACCCAUAAAGCCUACGAGUGCGACCAACUACAAAGGAUUUUCUAAUUUCGAGAUUCCAUCCAUAUCUUGCAACACGGGCGACUUUAGUUCAUUAAAUUCGUGCGAAAUGGCGACUGAGUGUCUGGAGGGAUCUGAGGGUGUCGCGGAUAAAAAGUAGGCUUGAGGCGAUCCCCGCUUGCUUAUGAAUAAGUUGUUGAACUGAUGCGCGAGAUGCAGAAGGAAAAAGUUGUGAAACUGAGCUAGUCCUGACUUCGAGUAUGAUUUAUUCAUUUUUUAUUGAAGACUUGUUUUAAAAAUCCGAGGAUGCAUAGAUAGUAUUGAAUGAUGGUGUUAAUUCAUUGUAAAAUAUUAAAUAAAAUUAAUUUCUUAUUAGA